AUCUACCAAGUCAGCAAAAAAGGAAAAAAGCAACAUGCAUCAACACUUGACUGCCCUUGGUUGUACUUUUGAGUGUACAUUUAAUCUUUUUUAGUUGUUAUGAGACAAAUUAUAUAAAGGGGGGAAAGCUAGUUCAUUUCACCUUCAUCUUAUUUCAUGAGCCACCAUCAACCAGCAGAGGACGCUGAAAUUCUGCUUCCACAACCUGCACUACAUGGACAUGAACCAGAACCACAUUCUUUUUCCGCCAUUAUAGACACAAAUGAAAAAUCAUGCCGUCCGACCUUAUCUGUUUUAGUCAGAGGAUAUGAUUUGUAAUAUUGUUUUAUUUUGAUGUUGGCUUUAGAUCUGUGUGGCUGGAUUUCUGAGUAAAAUGACAGACACUUGAAGCUCCCAAGCAGCAGAAGCUGUCAAUCUGGAGCUUUCUAUUGCAUCAGCUCACCUCUGUUUGCAGUACUGUCACGUGCUGAAAAGUACACACAUUUGCUCUCCUGUGGACGGUUGACCAAGUAAUGACCCAUAUAAGCAAGAGUCAGACAGUGAAGAAUAUUUAGUACACACACAGACUCACGGAUCAAAAACACAAGACGCAAACAUGAUUAAAGUUUUGGCUGUUGUAAGUUUAUCUGCAUUUCUCAGCUGCUAUGGCGUGCAGAGCGUUGAACUAUCAUAUGAUGACUUAAAUGAACAAAUCGUCAACUCUGGGAUUGUAGUCUUUUUAGACUUCCUGGAGAAAGUCAGAAACGCUACAGAGAAAAUAGUGAAAGAUGAUCAGUUCAGAAAAACUAGGAUCAAUGUCCAAAGACUCAUGAAAUCAUUAAGAGAGUUUGCAAAACCAAUAAAAAAUGCUGAGAGUGGGAGUCAGGAUAAUUCAGCUAUAUCACCACAGAGAUUUUUUUCGUUCAUGGCUGAUGCUCCAGUUGGGGCAACGAUCAAGGAGAUCUCUGACAAGUUUUUCUUUCCGUAUAUGAACAGUUACCGUCAGAGCUUUAAAAACCUGACGAUGGUGGAGAUCUGGAAAGAAAUGGAGUCAUUCUAUCCUCCAGGAGCUCCUCCAAUCUACAGUAAACCCAUGGAGUUCUUCAGUUACCUUCUGGGCAAGGCGGUGGUGGGAUCCCAGCUGUUGAACAUGAUCGAAGCUGGGGUGGAUACUGUUUCGAACAUUGGAAAAAUAGACUUUAACCAACUUCAUGAGGAAGUGCAGAUGGUUAUGGAUCAGAUUAGAAAGAAAGCCUUUGAAAUUUCAAUUUUGGAAAGGCAAAAAGAGAAGAAUGAUUUCCUUAUAUCAUUAAGAACUGCAUCUGGACUGAUUGUUUUUUACUGGGAUAAAGUUUUAGAACACACUGAAAGUCCAUCAUUCCAUGCGAAAUACUUAGAUUCUAAUAAGCAAUGGGAAGGGCUGGUGAGAAACGCACUGGCAAAUGGUGAAAAUCAGUGGCUAGUGGAGAAUUUUUUUAAAUGGUGGACUGAAUUUCAUUUUGGUAAAUUCAUUGAAUUGGCCCUGGAUUAUUAUAGUCAUGGAAAUGAAGUUCUUGGUUUGGACAGAUUCAAUCAGUCUAACUGGGCUAUUGGCAAAAGUGCUGUUGUUUACUCUCUUCCUGUUUAUGAAAAACUAUCUGAAGUCGGCUUUGGGUUUACUGAGAUCAGCAGGUUUCUUCACAGAGUUAAUAAUAUAACCCUUAUUCGUGAUGGGAGAAAUCCAUUGAAACCUUACAGAUGGACCAACUUGGAGAAGGACCUACCUGUCAUCUUGGAAAUGUUCUCUCGGAUGCAUUUAGUCAUUGAAGAGGACUACACCAAUAACAAACAUAAUAAUAAAAUUGUACUGCCUUUACGUGUAAUUAGGAAUGUGUUCCUCUAUGUGUGGAUCGUUUUUCUCUUCGUUGAAGGAUUCAGAGAUUUUGAUCAUGCUGAACACCAGCAAUCAGUGAAUGAACUGAACCGUGUGAGGAGCGACUUCAUUAAUGAGCUGUUGAAAAGUAAAGCAUUUACUCGAGAGCAGCUUGAAGAAGCACCAAAGAACUUAAUUCAAGCCAUUCAUCAGAUCCUGGAGAAACUGAAGCAAUAUACUGACCUGGUUGAUGGCUUUGAUGAAAUUAUUGAUCCAACUGUUUUAGCCUUCAAGAGGUCACUGCAUCGCACAAACAAAAUGUUUCAUGAAGUCUGGGAUUUUCUGUUGGAGUAAACUCUCUAUUAAGGAAAUGCAUGGAUUGCAUGGAGGCUUAACAUUCCACCACGGGAAAAAAAAAAAAUAUAAUUGCGACAUUUUAUCUUGCAAGUUUACAUCUCACAAAACAUUUUUUAAAACCCACAAUUCUGAGAAAUAAAGUAAGAAUUGUGAGAUAUAAACUCACAAUUCUAAGAAAAAUGUCAGCUCACAAUUCUGAUAUUUUCUCGCAAUUGUCUGUUUAUAUCUCACAAUUCUGACUUUAUAACUUGCAAUUGCGAAUUUAUAUCAUGUAAAAUAAGAAUUGUGAGUCGCAGUUACCCUUUUUAUUUCAUAUGAUUGCAACUGCUGCCAAUAAGCAGGAUUAUACCAGCAAUGUAUUAACAUUACCUGCUGUUAUUGA